GAUCAAUCAUCAAUUAUCGGGAAACAAACCAAACCUCUCUAACGGUUGCAAUUUUUAAAUUUGCCAUUUUGAAUUUAUCUUUUUCUCAAUGAUUUUGCAAGACUUUCUUAUAUAGGCACAAUUGGGAAUCUUCCUUCUGUGUUUAACCAUUGAAUAUCGGUUCUUUCCUUUUGAAAAAACAAAGAGAAGAAAAGGAAAAAAUACUAACCAAAAGCAAGAAACAAGCCCAUCAAUGGCAAUCUCCGAACAUCAUCAAGAAGGAGAAGAUUACAGUGAAACUGAAGGGUCUGAUUAUUCAGAUUCUGAUUUUGAAAUGGACCCAAAUUAUAGCAUUCUUGAGGACACUCAAUCCCAACUUUCAAAUCUCUCUAUCGAGAAGAAACCAAAGUCACGAUAUGGUAAAUGUUUGGACAUAGAGAGAGACCUAGAAGAAGAGGACUUGAAGGGCAUAGCAUCUGGUAAGCUAGAGAAGUUAAAAGUGGAGCAAUGUAAGGUUUAUCUGAGAAAGAAUGGAUUGAGAUUGACUGGAAAUAAAGAUACGCUUAUUCAGCGUAUAAAGGAGCAUCAAGAGAUCUUGAAUGGUGGGGGUGAGAAAAAGUACCCAUUGUCUAGCUUCGUGUUGAAUUGUAAAGGUGAUGCAUGUAUGGGUGAUGUUGUCAUGUUUGAACAGAAUGUUUAUGAAAUGUAUAACAUUGCAUCGCGAAGCGCCAGUGGUCCUCCUUGUGGAACAAGGAUAGUUGCUGGUCGAAUUGUGAAGGAAAGCUAUGGUGCUGCCAAACAACAGCAUACAUUUACAAUAGAGGUUCUCUGGAGCAAAGGGGAGAAGCCACUGCCUCCACUUCAUCCUCUGUUAAUAAAGGGUCGCAACCUGUACCGAUUGAAGACUAUGAGACAGAAAUGGGAAGAUGAAGAAGAGAGGCGAAAAGUGUUGAUAGAAAAGCACUCAAGGGGUUCUCUAGCUAGGAAUGCUAGAGAAACCAGAGUACAGGAGAAGGAAAGGAAGAAAAUACUCAGAGAAAAUAGGGCCUUGAAGAAGGAGAAAAUAAACAAGAAUCAUUUUCAGUUAAAUAUAAGCGCAGCAAAAUGGGGAAUUCAAGCUCAACAAUCAGGUUCAUGUGUGACACAAGCAGCUCCUGAACCUCGACCCCCAAGUUUAUAUGUUGAUUCAGGGAAGAUGGCAGUUACAAGAAAUGAUUCAGGUUCAUAUAUUGAUCUAGCAAAAUUAACAAUUGAAGCUCAAAAAGUAGGGAUGUCCAGUGAUGCAAUAAGAAUGGGAGGUGGAACUCAGAAGCUGACGACUCUACCUCCACUUACGGGAGCCUUUGCUGGUGGAGUAAAGAUGGAUAAUAGAUCUCUGCAGCUUGUAGCUAAGCCUCAAAAAACAGGACCAUCAAUGGGUAGCAGACCUCGAGAGUUGGCCACUCAACAUCAGCAGUCAUAUAACGUUGAUCCUAUUAAAUCAACAAAUCGAUCUUCUCAAGGGUUAGAUUUCCCAGUAGAAACUUGGAAGCUGACUUUUCAACAUGAACAACCAAAAAAGCAAAGAGAGAAUGAUUAUUACUAUGGAAUUCUCCGCAACUUGGUUGAUCACAAUGGCAUUCAGGAAGUUCAGCAACAUAGCAAGGAUAAUUUUUGUCCAACCCUGUCGAGCUUCUCCACGGAUGAUCAUUGUCCUCCUAUCAAUAAGUACUCCAGAACAACUUGGGAAAAUGGGUGCUUAAAUGGUUAUCAUCAUAUACAGCCACUGACCAGCACGAACAUUUACCAUAGACAUCAUAAUCAUCCAACGACAAGCAUGGACAAUUACCAGCCGUGCAAAUUUUAUGCUCAAGGAAGAUGCAAGUUUGGAGACAACUGCAAAUUUUUGCACGACUUAAGAGAAAAUUGUGGCCCAAGGAGGGAAGAGGGGCCCUAUUAUGAGAGUAGGUUAGAAAGAUGGCAAUACUGACAACAGGUUAGAAUGAUGACAGAACUGGCAUUCUCAACAUUUGAGUUGAUAAUAGUUGAAUUUUGAAGGAUUACUUGAGAACUGGAUUUAUUUUUUCUUACACCUAAAUGGUGAACAGGAAUUGUUUAUUUUGAACUAGUGUAGAAUGUUGCAAAUGUUUAAGA